AAAAGAGGACCGCAAGAAGGAUCCGGAGGAUAAAGUGGAAUCCCACCGCGAUAACUUUUUCCAAGCAAGACAAGUGCGUCGACGUCAGUCCGUGAUUUAUUACCCAAAUAUGACGGUUUACAGCCAGCGGUCUUUGAUGGUCCUUGCUUUAUUAGGGAUCCUAUCAGGGAUUAUGUCUCUGCUAUCGGUCAAUCUGAUUUUCCAUUUACAAACACAACAGAUUGCUGUGAAGGAAUCUCCCCCCACCAUCUCCAUCGUGCCAACUAAUGUUUGGGCAGUGCUGAUGCCAGUGUCUACAGUGCUUUCUGCUCUGUCUCUCACGCUCAAUUUGAGCUCUGUCGUGAUCUGCCUUCUGCACAGCUACUUUACAACCGAGAUAUGCAGAGGAGAAGAUGAUACUGAAAGAGCAGACUGGUUCCUAUUGGAUAGCCGAGCUGUCCGACAUGUGGCCAUCGGACUAUUUUGCCUUGGGGUUUCAGUAUACUUAGCAGCUAUGUCCAUCUACAUGCUGCUGGUGUUUGAGGUAGAGACAGGCAUAGCGAGCGCAUGCGUACUGGCCUCGGGCAUCCUGAUUCUGCUGAUGAUCGUGAUUCACUCCCUGGUCAAAGCCGCCCGUACCGCCCAACACUACCGCGGUGGGGAACACACUGACACCUUGUACCAGAACCAGCACGGUGGGAGCACCCCUGCCACCCGGCAAGGCAAGCUCCAAGAUGGGGAAAAACCCAGGAGGCACCGCAACAACUCCCAACUCCACCGGCAUUUGUCCUACCCCCCUCCCUGCACCGACCCUAAGCAGCAUCACCAGCAUCAGUACUCCCCAUCCCACAGCCCUCAGAGCCACAGCAGUGACAAGGAGGGCUACAGUAGUGGUGGAAGUGGUUCUAGAAUGCACAGGACCCUGUCAACAGAGUCAGGGCUGCUGCAGUCUCCAUCUAAGCCCUGGAAUGGCAUUAACAAUGAGAUGCGCAGCGUGCUGGCCCGCAAGUCAGGAGCCUCCAGUAAAGACUCUACUCUGGUGUGACCUGACCUGCAAAGUCUUAGCAGUUAGUACAUUCCUAACCAACCAUCAAACGUUCCCGAAGGAUACAGUAUGGAUAGAAAAUAUCUGAAGCUAUUUAAAAGCUCUGAGUUAUCCCUUCAUGAUCCAAGCACCACUAAUACUAUUACUGUACAUUUCAAUACAGACAUACAGUGAAACUGUCAUUUUAAUACACCUUUCCUAACAUCUCGUUCCCUUAUUGCCUUUGUAUUGACUUUUUACACAGAAACCAUCACUAUUAAACCCUCUCUAGAAUGUUUACUUACUGG